CCCAAUUUUGUUUCUUUUCGUAUCAACAUUAUUUCUUUUAAAUAAAGCUUAAACUAUUUUUAUAUUCAUUGUUUGUUAUGCACAAUAACUAGAUUAGUUCAAAAUGGAUCGUUAUCCAACAUGGGUUGGCUUUAUUUUCAUCUUUAAUUUAAUAGUAGGGACAGGAUCCUUACUUUUACCAAGUGCUUUCUCAAAAACGGGCUAUGUACUCUCUUUAAUACUAGUCCUCUUCCUGGCUUUUACAUCAUAUCUUACAGUAACUUUUGUUAUUGAAACAUUAAGUAUAAGUAAUGCUAUACAAAAAUGGAAGAAAAUCCAGCUGUUAAAACGUCAUGAAGGGUCUAUCCAAUCUUCUGUAUAUCCAGUAAACGAAGGAAAUGAUGCGGAUCAUGACGAUGAUGUAUCAAAUGAAGAUAUUGAUGCCAUGGAAAGUACGCCUCUAACGAUACAAAGUAAUGAUUUUUAUACAUUGAAUGAGAAACUUGAAUUUGGCGAAAUGUCAAAACUACUGCUGUCUUCUACAACCUCAAUGAUAUUUUAUAUAUGUAUAGUUAUAUAUUUGACGGGUGACUUGUCAAUUUAUUCAGCUGCUGUAAGUACAACGAUACGAGAUGUUAUCUGCGACAAACAUCCGAAUAUGACUAAUGCAAGUAAUCCACUUACUCUUCCAUGCUUCCUCGACGGAAAUGUUACACGAUUUCAAGCAUACAGAUGGUGUUUAUUAAGUUUUGCCACGACAAUGACUCCUUGGGUAUUUUUUAAUGUCUCUAAAACAAAGCACCUUCAGUUCUUUACUUUAACAUUUCGACUUGUAGCUUUCUCGAUUAUGAUUGCAAUAGCAACACUCCGAAUUUUUUAUCCUGAUGCAGAUGAACCUAUUCCAAGCCCUAAAAAGUUUCAAUUCGAAAAUGUUCCCUUUCUUGUGGGAUCUUUGAUAUAUGCAUUUAUGUCUCAACAUAGUCUUCCUUCACUUUUAGUUCCAAUUAAAGAUAAAGACAAGAUAUCAAGAAUAGUUUUUAUAGAUUAUAUUUUGAUCACUUCCUUGUAUGUUGUAUUAGCAAUGACUGGUAUAUUUGCUUUCGCAAAUGUCGAGGAUUUGUACACCUUAAAUUUUAUUCCUUCAGAUGCUGAUGGAUCGAAAUACUUUAAGAUUUUGGAAUAUUUUCUUGCGCUCUUCCCAGUUUUUACUCUCACGACGACAUUUCCUAUUGUUGCUUGUACUUUAAGAAACAACUUACAAACAUUAUUUAUUGAAAAGAGUCAAUUCAAUGCACAAAAUUUCUUUGUUCGUCGCAUGUUAUUUCCAAUUAUGGCAGUUACACCACCGUUUAUUAUAACAUUCAAUACAGAAGAUGUUAGAAGCUUAGUGUCAUUUACUGGAUGUUAUGCUGGUACAUUUAUUCAAUAUUUGAUUCCGAUAACAUUGGUUUAUUACGGAAGAAAGGCAGCCAACAAUAUUUUAGGAUGUGGUAUUAUCAAUGAAUAUCGCUCAAAAUUCCAAAGCAACUUUUGGCUAAUCAUGUUAUUUUUCUGGACAUGCCUAAGUUUAGUGAUUGUAUCGAUUGAUAUGUUCAAAGCAUAAAAUAUUUUAAGACUGAUAAUUGGAAGAAAUCUCUUCUUUAAAAUGCAGUAGAGCAAUUAAUUUGAAAAGAUAAUGGAAAUAUCCAUUGAACUGACGAC